UGUUAUCGGCAACCCUAGUCAGUUCCAUCUCCUCCGACAACCAAAAAAACAACAAAAAUCCCCAACAACAACAUCGCGAAUAAAUUUGGCGACUGGAAAUUGGAAUAAAUAUUUCCGCGGAAGAGCGGACGCGGAAGUAACAAGGCUAAGUAAACCUCCAGCAGCCAAUCGGCACCCAUGGCCGCUGUGCCCGAGAAUGCGGCCGAGAUCGCGGUGGCCAACGCAAUCAAUAACAUCAAUAAUGGUAACGGGAAUGGGAACGGGCGCAACCGCGUCUUAGGACUGGGGGGUGGUGGCCAGAACAACAUGAUGAACAUGCGGGAUCGGCUUUUCCACGCCAUUUACUUUCGGGCGGCGGCCGCCUAUGCGGAGCUUGUGCCACGGAAGGUGCAGUUGACCAUCGAGUACCUUUUGCUGGCCAAGGCAAUCAUUUUCUUCUUCACGCUGAUCUAUGUGCACAAUGCUUUCAUAAAGAACCCUUGCACUUGCCUGCAAGAAGUCCAGAACUGGCCCCGCGAGGGCGUCAUUAGGGUGGAGAUAAUCCCCCAUCUGACUGAGAAGCGGGCCAUAUGGCAAAGCAUCAAGCGGGAUAAGCACAUAGUGCGAUCUCUGAAGGAUUCCUAUUACUAUGGAAUCGGACCCCAGACCCUGGAAAAUCACGACAGACUGAAACGCUACGAGUCUAUAUUGGGCAGGCUUGGCUUGCCAGUUCGCGCAACCUUUGCUUACAGCAACGAAUCCCUGUACUACUACUUUGAUGCGAUCAACAUCCUUGAUACCUAUGAGCAUCCUAAUGCCAUACAGCUGAAGGACGAAGAAGACGAUGACGAGCAGUAUAUCGUCGAGUAUUCAUUGGAGUACGGCCAUUUGCGGCUUUCGGCUGCGACGCGUAAGCGCCUGAAGAUACCCGUGCUCACUGUACAGCUGGACCCGAAUACGAACAAGUGUUUUGGAGACAAGCUAACACGCUACCUGCUGAAACGUCUCUUGGGCUAUGACGACCUCUUGAUGGCCUCGGUGAGAACCAUUGCAGAGCAGGAAGAGAACAAGGGCUACUUGCGCAACGUGAUUACCGGGGAGCACUACAGGUUCGUGUCCAUGUGGUGGGCAGCCUGGAGCAGUUAUCCGGCAGCCUUUUGUGUGAUGCUUUUGUUUACAUUUUCGGUGUCCAUGCUUCUGCGGUAUUCCCAUCACCAGAUCUUUGUCUUUAUAGUUGACCUGCUGCAAAUGCUGGAGUACAAUGUCUCAGCCCGUUUCCCAAUCGCUCCUUUGCUGACAGUUAUUCUGGCGCUCGUAGGCAUGGAAGCCAUCAUGUCAGAGUUCUUCAACGACACCACCACGGCCUUCUACAUCAUUCUAAUUGUGUGGAUUGCGGAUCAAUACGACGCCAUCUGUUGCCACACCAGCAUCACCAAGCGCCAUUGGCUCAGGUUCUUCUAUAUGUACCACUUUGCCUUCUAUGCGUAUCACUACCGCUUCAGUGGCCAGUACAGGACCCUGGCGCUGCUCUCCUCCUACCUCUUCACCCAGCACUCGAUGGUGUUCUUCUUCCAUCGCUACGAAUUGCCAGCCAUCAUGGCCCAGCACCAGGUCUUCAUCAUCACGCGCAACCAGGGGGCGGGGGAAGGAGCUGCAGCCGCCGCAGCAGCAGCGGGUGCUGGAGGUGAAGGAGCUGGAGCUGGGGCCGGAGCAGGAGCAGCACAAGCGGAAGGGGAUCCAGCUGCAGUUGGAGCAGCGGCAGGAGGUGAAGCACCGGGACAGCAGGCGUCUAUGCAACGUGCCCGCCUCAUCGUGACGCGACUCUUCCGUCAAUUGGCUGCGCAGCGGCAGCAGCAGCAGCAGCAACAGCAGCAGGCGCCCCAAAGACAGCCCGAAACAGGACCUAGUCCAGGACCCACAACGGCUGUGGGCAUGGCCUUGGCCAAUCUGAGGCGGCUGCCCGUGGUGGGGCAGUGGCUGCAGGGUCGCGAGCAGUUCUUCACCGUGCGUCGGGUGUUCCUCGGCCAGGGGGAGGGCGGUAACGGACGCCUGAUGCAGGUCCGCUUGCAGCGGAUUAAUGUGGCCGAUAUACCUGAGUUGCGCAACCAGGUGGCAGCUGCCAUGGCCGCGGUGGGAGCCGCCCAAAGGGGGGCUGCCGGCGGAGGAGCAGCGUCGGGUAGCCGGGCUGAUGAACUCGGCAGUGGAGUUGCGCCAUCAGCUUCUCCCUCCCCUGCAGCAGAUGUCGAAACAAAUCAGAGCGCAACAACGGGCAUAAAUGAUGCAGCAGCUGGAGGAGAAGCCGGAGCGGAAGCAGCUCAAGACAAUCUCGCAGAGAACCCGGAGGAGGGGCGGCAGCCUGCCAUGUCCGAGACGCUGGAAAAUCUAAAUUCCGUUGCGGCGAAUAUUACAAGCAUGUCGGAUAAAAGUAGCACUAUUGCUACGCCAGCAUCGCAGUCGGAGGCCCUAAUCCACGCCCACUUUGACGUUCUGGGCCCGGACGAGUCCCGGCCAAAGGCAGAGCAAUUAGAAAAUAAUUUGCCGGAGAAGGCUCUGGCAGCACCAGGUGAAAAGCAAAGCUGCUCACUACAAGCUCCCAGCAUUAUGAAUGACCAGCCGGAGGAGCGGCGAGAGAAAAACAAGGCGGGCGAGGCCGCGACAGCCACGACGGCAGCAACAACAUCAGCAUCUGCCACGUCAAAACAAGCCUCUGUAACUGGAGGAGGUGGAGGUGGAGCUAGAGGCGAGGCAGCUACCAGGCCAAUGAUGGAUGACAGGCCAGCAGUUGAUUUUAUAGAAGGCGACAGCCCAACGUCAGCAACAAAUUGCCAACUCAAUGCGGGCACAAACCACAAGGCGCAGAACGAACACGAACACCAACAGCAACACCAGCAGGAGCAGCAACAUCAACAUCCACAGGAGCAACAUCAACAGGAGCUAAUGAAAACUUCACAACAUACAUCAAGCCAAGUGACAACAGCAGCGGCGGAAUAAGCUGAGCAUUAGUGGCACUGCCCCAUCCCGACACACCUCACCCGAGUAGAAAUCCCGAGCAGAAAUAACCACAUAACAAGAUGUUAUACAUAAACUCAGCUAGUAAAUUUUUAGAUAAUUUUCCUGGUGUACUUAUGUCCGGAAAUCAGUCCCCUUUCCGCUGCGGCUUAGCCGGCGUCCUGCUCCGGAGGACGUGUUCUUGGCUGCAGUUGGGGGCCGGCUGCAAAAAAAUAUUAAUAGCGUUUCCCUAGCCCUUUUAAUUAGCCAAAUACGUGAGAAGCCGCUACACAUACUAGCCACAGCUAGUCGCUUUUUAAAAUGUACUCCCUUUGAAUUUUUUGUUGUUUGUUUUUUUUUUUUGUUUUCGGUUGCCGCAGCUCCCCCCUUCUAUUGAGGAAAAUGCGUCGGAAAUUUUUAAUUAACUUUCGAGUGGCCACGAAGCCCUUAACCGGUUAGCCGGACAGUUAAACAGCCCGGAGCGGAGCUUUACCGGAUGCCGCCGCCCCACUAUUUACAUUUUAAAACUUUAUGAAAUGCCACAGGAUUUUCAAUUGUAAUAUAUUUGUUUGUCGGACACUGAUACUGAUACUGAUACUGACAGCACAGAGCACAGAGUGCCACAACGCAUGAUUAAAUAUCUGAAAGGCAUCGGCUAGCGUUAAUUGUUUUUUACUUUUUUGUUAAUCUAAGGCCCCUCCUCCCUGCCCUACCCGUGUACCAUAUUCUAUUGAGUGACUUUGUACUUCUAGGUCUAUUUCAAUAAGCAAUGCAUCUGAGAACGGUUUGUAUUUUACGAAACUACACACUAAUCUAAACCAUAGUGGCUACGAACUAUCUACUACUGCUAAAAUGUUAUUUCUAAAUGUGUAAAAAAUAAAUGCAACUUAAACAUA